CUUUCUACUUUGAUUCAUCUUCUUCGACUAAAUCAUGAUAUCCAAACAAAAGAAACACCAUAUUCUUGUUGGAGAUUACUGUCCCGAGGGAGAAGAAAAUUAUCAGAGCCAGACAAUCGUUUACGCAUAAAACUAUGUCUUCUUAAAGACGCUUGUGAGAUAAGCCCAAUUAAGUCAAUUUUAGGGAUUUGGUAGCUAUUAGGAUUGUCUUCUUAGAGACGUGCUAGACAAUUGUCUCUACUGUUUUGGGUACCCUUAUCUCCGCCAUCUUGACCUUCUUCUUUGCCUUAGGAAUCCGCCGGAGAUGAGAAGCGGCGGCUUAGAAAUGAUGUCAUCUUCGUCGGGGAUUUUGUCGUCUUCUUCGGCGGCAGCAAUCGUAGCGCUUAAUCUCAAGGAGGCUACGAAUUGGUGGUCGGAUGUGAAUGAAUCUCCGGUGUGGCAAGAUCGUAUCUUUCAUAUCCUCGCUGUUCUUUAUGGGAUUGUUUCCGUCAUUGCUGUGGGAUUUCAUCAAGUCAUUCUUACAGGGUUUUCUCCCGGGUCUUGCUCUGAAGAUUUUCUUGUGGAUUCUCCCAACAGUUCUUGUGGAUUCUCCCGUAGACUUUAGUCUCCUUGAUUUUUUAUUUUUGUUUUGUUUUGCUUUUACUAUAGAAUUUUGGAUUUCCCGUAGUAGAUAGAUCCACUCUAUGAUCUACUAAGCUCAAAGUUAUGUUGUAAUUUUUAUUGUUCAAACGUUUCUUGUAGUUGCUACAAGUUCUUAGAAUCCAACAUUUUGAAAUUUGCUAGCUCUUUAGAAUAAAUGGCUCUGGCUUUUAUUACUACUGCCUUGGAGUUGUUUACAUCUUUAUGGUCACCUGUCUCACCAGAUGCUCAAGGGAAUGCGCUGUUUGCGUUGAGGAGCUCGUUACGUGCAUCCCCUGAACAGCUAAGUGAUUGGAACCAGAAUCAAGUUGAUCCUUGUACUUGGUCUCAAGUUAUUUGUGAGGACAAGAAACAUGUUUCUUCUGUUACACUGUCUUACAUGAACUUCUCGUCCGGAACCUUGUCUUCAGGGAUAGGAAUCUUGACAACCCUCAAGACUCUUACAUUAAAAGGAAAUAGAAUUAUGGGUGGAAUACCAGAAUCCAUUGGAAAUCUGUCUAGCUUGACCAGCUUGGAUUUGGAGGAUAAUCAGUUAACCGGUCACAUACCAUCCACUCUCGGUAAUCUCAAGAAUCUCCAGUUCUUGACCCUGAGUAGGAAUAACUUAAACGGGACUAUCCCAAAUUCACUUACGGGCCUAUCAAAACUGAUAAAUAUUCUGCUCGACUCAAAUAAUCUCACCGGUGAGAUUCCUCAGAGUUUAUUCAAAACU